AUGGUAAACAACAACCUUGAAAAUAGAUGCCCCGAUGGCGCUUCAGAAAACGCAGAAGAAUUUUCUGGGUAUCAGUGGACUUAUUAUUCUUCUCUUGAACACGGUCCCCUUCGUUCACGGGCCGACUCAUUUCUAGCAUCCGUGAGUUGGGCUGCGCUUCUAGAGUACGCUGCUGAGAAAAGGAAUGGAGUCAGUUGCAUACUGUUUCCUGAUAUCGGCCUUGGUUACAACCACAUGGUUCGGAUAAUUCAGUUUUCAGAUGGAAAACAAUGGGUAGCACGACUGCGAUUGCCUCCUCUAGCAGACGGUGAUUCUUGCGAGGAUGCUUUGGAGACAUCGGGAAUUCGCGAGUUUAGCACGAUUUGCCUCGUACGGCAGAGUACACAUAUUCCCGUCCCCGAAGUACACGCCAUCGAAGAGCGAAGUGAUUGCAAGGUGAACGCUCCAUUCAUGUUAAUGGACUGUUUGAAGGGCAAUGUAGGAAUGGAUUUGGGAAUGAGCGUGCCGCCACAGUACAAGAAAGCCUUCCUACGUGGCUUAGCAAGGAUCCAUGUCCAACUAUCCACGGUGCUGCUACCCAAGAUUGGGACAAUUGUCUCCGUAAAUGCGGAUGGCACAUAUCAGCAAGGCCCCAUUCCGGGCCUAGGCGGCCCUUUUGACACAGCGACAGAGUUCUACAAAGCAUGGGCAGGCAAUACCAAAUUUGGAAUGACGGAUGAGCAAUUACGAGAAGUAUGUGGCCCAUACGCUGCUGAAAUUAUCCCCUCAGUCUCGUCCUUCGCCAAGUCCAUUGGCGAAUUGGCUGAUACAUUGUCUUUCCGCGACCAUGGCCCAUUUCCUCUUUGUCAUGGGGACUUCGGACAUAACAAUACCAUUGUUGAUGAUCAGUAUCAUAUUUUAGGCGUGAUUGACUGGGAAAUGGCCUUCGCUGGGCCUUGGGAGAUGCUUGGAGACUUCCCUUUGACCCUGUCUAUUAUUCCGCCCGCUAUUGAUGCUCCAUGGAACUACAAUGAAGACGGGUCUCCCAAGAGCGCCGACCUAAUUGAACAAUUUGAGGAUCAAAAAUGGUAUGUUGAAGCUGUGAAGCAGGAGGAGAAUAGCAAUCGAGGAAAUAUCCAUUACCUCUCUGACGCUCUGGGAGAUUCGAGGAGACAACAAUUGGCGACUGCCAUGAGGAUGUAUCAGGAUGGAAAAAUUGGAACUUAUUCCAAGAUUAUAGAUAAGUUCAUGGCUUGA